UCUUGCUCGCAUUUCAUUGUUCCAAUUCGUUGCGGGGGAGCCAUGUCGUUCGUCAGCCGCUGCAUUGAGUCCGUAACAAGAAAUCCGUUCUCUUUCGGCCUUGGUGCCGUACGUACGGCUACGAAGCGUGCGGGUGGUAGCGUCCGCAACCACGGUGGUUCCCCAGGAAAGCGUUUGGGUAUCAAGAAGUUCUCAGACCAGUAUGUAAUUCCUGGCAACAUCAUUGUCCGCCAGCGCGGCACCCUCUUCCAUCCCGGAGACCACGUGGAGAUGGGCCGUGACCACACCAUCUACGCUGUCGCUCCCGGCUUCGUGCGCUUCUACAAGCAAAAGUGGUUGCGCGGCGAGCGACGAUUUGUGGGGCUCGUACUCGAGAAGGGCGAGACAUUGCCUCGGGACGAGACCGCGCGCGGACGCAGCCGGUACUGUGGCCUCGUCCAGCUCAACUGAUCGAGCGCGUCCUCUCACCCUCGCUAUCUGUAUACACCUGCUUUCCCUGCCUAAUGCACUCGCGCUAUCCAGUCGCACCUCUACUCUGGAACGAUAUGAACGCCCCCGAUCACUGUCUGUGUGUUCGAGCCAUUCAAGCCUUC